AGUAUAAAACAGAAACUUGUGGAGGGGACAAACUAUUUAAUGGAGCUGUAUAUAGAGUUCAGUGCUUUGCACCUAUCAGGUCUUAAUAAAUGAAUUUCGUAGGAAUGCUGUUUGUCAGUAUCCCGACUAAGACUCCAAAGGUCCUACUGCUCUUCAAUAUACAGUUUCUCUCCACAUUUAAAGUUGUGUGUGUGUGUGUAUAUGUAGCUUUGGUCAGUGUGUCAAGGUUAAAUUAAACCGACAUUGCUUGUGCAGGCUGAAAAGCCUUGGCUGGAGAUUGGGGGAUGGAAGGGAGGAAGGGAAUGAAAAGGAUCAAGAUGAAUCUAGGAAUGAAAUUGAAACAGAUGGACCUGAGCUGUCUGUUUUGGAUUUAUUUAUACGGCUGGAUUAAAGGCGUGUGUGUGUGUGUGUGUGUGAUUGAGAGAUACGCUCCUGCUUGUGUCGGAGUGACAGUCACACCCCCCCGUAGAGGUCACCGUGGUGACCAAAAUCCUCCCGUCAUCAGUGGAGCGGAGUGGGAGUGGGGAGCUGUCACUUCUUUUCCACUUUUUCUCUCCAAGAGGAGGCUGAGGGAAGACGCACAGCAGCCUCCUCCUCCUUCUCCCUUGAUGGCCUUCCUCAAGAGAGUGCGCUCCCCUUCCCUGUCCUUCUUCCAGACAGUCGUGUCCCUCCUGCUGAGCACCGUGGCCCUCACCUCCUCCUUCUGGUGCACGGGCCAGCAGAAGGUGCCCAAGCCUCUCUGCACGGCCACCAAGUUCAAGCGGUGCAUCCCUGUGCCGGGCGUGUCCAACACCUCCAACAUCCAGUUCUUCUGGGAGACGGGCGACGACCGCUUCGUCUUCCCAAACUUUCACACCGGCCUGUUCAUCAUCUGCGAGGAGAACAUCUACGUGGACGAAUGGGAAGAGAAAUGUCGAUGGUUUUCCAGUUUGACUCCCGAAUCAGAGGAAGCAAUAAUUUGGCUGUGUCUCAUGUUGGAGUUCAUGUACAUCAGUCUGCUGCUGGUCAGCUGCCUGCUGCUGUCCGCCCAGCUGUGCAUCACGGCCUGGUUUCCCUCCACGCUGCGCUGGGGCCAGAUGCUCAACGCCUUUGCAGCUGUCUUCACGGUCCUGGGAGGUCUUCUUGGGAUGGUGGGUCACAUGAUGUUCAUGCAGGUGUUUCAGACCACGGUUUCAAUGGGACCAGAAGACUUUAAACCUCACAGCUACGGCUACUCCUGGGCUUUCUAUUUGGUGUGGCUUGCCUUCACCGUGUGCAUGGUGGCGGGCGUCUCCACCCUAAACAACUACACCAAGAAGGUCCUGAUGGUGGGGCCCAGGAGUAGCUCCAGCCUCAACCCCUGCAGCUUUAACUUCGUGGGCCUCCUGCCACCCGCUCCCUACUACACCCCCCCAAACCUGCCCGUCACCCUGUCCGCCCCUCCGCCUGCCCCCGUGAUCUCCCACCUGUCUCCAUACUACGAGCCUCCGCCGCCCGCUUCGCCGAGGCUCACCCACUCCCACUCGCUUCCCCUGACUCACUUGGACUCCUUCCCUCCUCCCCCGCCCCACCCGGCACCCGCGUCCCCGUUCCACCGCCUCUCCCUGUCCUCCCCGUCUCUCUCGUCCUCCAUCUCCGUUCACAGGAUGCUUCCGGGACACAGGGAGCAUCCCUUUGAUCGGGACGAGGAUUACAGCCCGCUUUGAACUCUCGCAGGCGCAUCUCAGCGAAUCAGAAUAUCGUCAAAAAGGGAAUUUAUUUCAGUGAAUUUGUUCAAAAAGUGAAAUGCAUAUCAUCACAUAUCAAUACUUUUGGUCAAAAACGAGUUACGUUUAACAAGGAUAGUAGGUUAGGUUUUGGUUGAAGACUACUGAGUUGACCAGCAGACGGUCACUAACUCAACAACAACCUGCCUGUUCACAGAGCACUCUGUCCAAGGAUUUUGAUGGAAAAUUCAAUGGAAGAAAAAAGUCCGACACAGCAAACCUGAAUUAAAUCAGCUGCUGUUCUUUCAACCCUUUAGAGUCCAUGUGAAAGUAAAUUUGGUCUCUUUGUGAAGAUAUCGAUCAAAGAUGUACAUCUAUGCAGUUAAACAUAAUUUAUUUACAAUAAGCAUACAGUUAUGAAGUUCGAAACACCAAACAAAUUUUAAUUUUUUUAAAUGUAUUAUUUUUAUGUAACUGCUUAUGAAGUGUUGAAGGUACGGACUGGAAAAUACAAUGAAACUGCAAAACGUAACUGUCUACUUCUAUUACAAAUUUGAUUUAAAAGGAAAAUAUCUCAAAAAGAACUUUUCUGGACAGGUUUUUGUCCAUUGCUGUCCCGCGGUUAUCCACAUUUAUCCAUUUUCUUUCAAUGUACAGUCAUCACCAGUGAGGAUUCAAAUAACACAGCAAUCUUCCAUUAUAUACUGAAGUGUAAUUAUUGCCAUAUAAAUACAACAACAUAGUAAGUUACCUUGCAGAAUUUGAGAUUUUACACAAUAAUUUUCUUCAUGUUUUCUCUCUCCAAUCAACUUUUAAAGUUUAGUUCUUUGAACAAUUUUGGGAUUUUUCUCCUUUUCUUAGAAAAGAACGCAACAUUUUCAGCAUUUCGUCCUCAAAUAAGAGUCACCUGUCUAAACACAGAAUGAAUGACCUCAUCUUUGUUUUAAACUCAAACGAAUAUCUUGUUGUGAACCAUCGAUCCUGUAUGUCUGUUUCACCUUUGAGUCAAAAUCACUGAACUACACCGUUCACUGCAACGCUGGGGAAAAAACAAUUAAAUGACAAGUCACCACUGAAUGAAAAGUUUUAUUUCAAAAAUCACUGUAAAGAUCAUUCAUGUAGCAAAAAUAAACAUCAGACACACGGAGCUUUGUUGGGAAGAAAUCCUAUUUACACAUCAUGUCUUUCGCUUCAUUACUCAAACGGUUGCCUUUGUGGGAACACGGCUGGUGGAAAAAUUUUAACGGUGUUUCCGCACGAAGUUUGGAUUUUUCUAAAAUUGACGUGAAUCUGUGGCGCCGAUAACUUCGCUUCCAGAAUAUUUAGUCUCUCCUAAUUACAAAUAUCUCUUAUUCCAAUAUCUAUGAUGUUUUUAGAGGAGCAUAAUUUAAUCUAAGGCCUUUUCGAUCAUAUUAGUUCAACAUUAUAAAGUAAGAGAACGUCUUUUUAUUAGAGAAGAUAGUAGAAAAUUGAUAAACUAACAAUAAAAUAAUGCAAAAAAUAUCAAAGAAAAUAACAAAAUACCCUUUUUUAAAAUCUACUGUAACAUACAUAUUCAUAAAUGUAAAAGUACAUUUUAAAAAAACACACUUGAAUAUUUAUUGAUCAUCGUUUUACUGCUGCCAGUCGAGCACUUGAUCUCUUUGAAAAUAGUGGCUUACUCGACGAAAAACUAAUCAUUAAGUUCGAAUUUAUCGUAAACCUGAAGGAUUUCUCUGUUCAGCUUGAACAAAAUAAUAAAAAAAAAAAAUUAAAAAACGUAUCCUUAGAUGCCCUGAAGAAAGCCAGCCCGACUCCGGGCUGAAAACACACUUGGACACGACCGCAGUCGACUGAGUUCGACUCCUGCUUCAUUAGUCGAAGGAACCGUCUGAAGGCAAACUCGGUCAAACGUUAAGUGUAUGUGAAAAUAUCCACAGGUCUGUUGUUUUUAUACUAGCAGCAUCAAUUUAAUGAAGGAACAAAAAAAAAAAAAAAAAACAGGAUUGUAGCUGAAAGAGUAGAUCUUU